UGGGAAAUGGAUGGAUGGCAGUGGGAAGUGCAGGCGUUAGGAUGAUCAUAGGCGCCGGGAUGGAGGGACAAUGGGAUGGUGGUGUGCAGCAGGGAAGAGCUGGGCACUGGAACAUGGUGGUAUCAGGGUAGCAGCGAGCACACGGUUGGGUAGGCAGUGGGUUGGUGGUGGGCCAUUCGGGAUGGUUGGGCAUUGGGUUGCUUACUGGGAUGGGUGGGCAUUAGGAUGGUGAUGGGCACCAGUACAUGCAGACACUGGGAUUAUGGUGGGCACUGGGAUGGAAUGACAUUAGAAGGGUGGUGGGUAACGGGGCAUGUGCAUUAGGACGGUCAUGGGCACUGGGAAGGGUUGUGCAGCAGGAUGGUGGCAGACAGCUGGAUAUUUGGGCAUUAGGAUGCUGUUCCUUAUUGAAACUGACAGACACUAGGAUGGUGAUGAGUGCUGAGAUACGUGAGCAUCGGGAUGAUGGUUGGCAGUGGGAUGGGGGAACCUUAGGGCAGUGGCGGUCACUGGGAUGAGUUGGCAACAGAAUGAUGGCCACUGGCCCUUGUGGUUAUUAGGGUGGUUACGGACAGUGCAACAGUGGGCACCAGGGCAGGUGUGUUUUAGGCCACUGUCACUUCCUGGGAUGAGUGAGCAUUGGAAUUAUGGUGGGCACUGGGACAAGCCGACAUUAGAACAGUGGUGGCAUUAGGAUAAGUCGCGGGCAAUGGGACAGCACUGGACAUCAGGAUGGAUGGGUACCAGAAGGAUGACACGCAGGCAGCAGGAUUAUGGCUGGCACGGGGAUGGUGAUGGACACUGGGACACGCAGGCUUCAGGAUGGUGGGCACUGGGAUGGGCGUGUGCUAAGGACAAUGUGGGGGCAAACACAGCCAGCACCCUGCGCCCAGCCCCAGGCUGCUUCAAGCUCUGUGCUGUGGCAGCCACAUCAAUAAUUGAGGCCGGUGGCGCUGCCCUGGCCUUCCCCCACCCCGUCCCUGGGCAGGUGCCAGCAGGUGGGCCGGCUCUGCUUUCCACCCAGUCACAGCACAGAUGCCGUCACGUGGGCACAGGUCAGCCUUUAAGGCGGGCAGGCAGGCGGCAGAGCACAUCGUCACCUGCAGCCAUGAGCAUCCCCAUCGCCAAGUCCUUCUACGACCUCAGCGCCACCUCCUUGCAGGGGGAGAAGGUGGACUUCAACGUCUUCCGCGGGCGGGUGGUCCUCAUCGAGAACGUGGCGUCGCUCUGAGGCACCACAGUGCGGGACUACACCCAGCUCAACCAGCUGCAGGCACGCUACCCGCGGCGGCUGGUGGUGCUGGGCUUCCCCUGCAACCAGUUCGGCUACCAGGAAAACGGCACCAACGAGGAGAUCCUCAACUGCCUCAAGCACGUGCGACCAGGGGGCGGCUUCGAGCCCAACUUCACCCUGUUCCAGAAGUGCCAGGUGAAUGGGAAGGACACCCACCCCGUCUUCGCCUACCUGAAGGCCCACCUGCCCGCCCCCAUGGAUGAGGCAGACCACCUGAUGGCCGAGCCCCGCUUCCUGGUGUGGAGCCCUGUGCGGCGCUCUGACAUCUCCUGGAACUUUGAGAAGUUCCUGGUGGGGCCCGAGGGGGAACCUUUCCGUCGCUACAGCCCUCGCCUGCCCACUGCCCAGAUAGAGCCCGAUAUCCAGCGCCUCCUUAAGCUGGCCAAGUAGGGCCGUACCCCCCCCCCCAGAUAGCCCCUGUCCUCUGCCAGGUGAUGGCCCCCUCCGAAACCCCCCUGGGGAGGGGGUCUGAUGGGGUGGAGGGCUGGGGCCGCUGGGAUGGGGCUGGCGGCAAUAAAUGAGCUGGAGGCAGCAUC